GUUUCGUUGGCAACAGUGGCACCUAACCUGUCAGAACAGCAGAUCACAACCGUGAUCAGUUUUGGGCACGUAGGAUACAACAUUUUAGGUUUGUGGAUCUGCUGUGUUUGUCACCGUGAACAGCACAAAAAUAAUAAGCGAAGGGUAGUGAUCAUUCCCCAUCAAUGCGUAUGUAGAGCGGAAUUAGCGGUGAUCGUUGAAGGUGGCAACCAAAUUUUCACGAGAACUCCCUUGUCCAACCCUGCCUGUUAUGCGGUGGUGAACGUCGACAGAAAUUAUUGUAGGAAGUAGUAACAGUGACGCUCACUCGACAAGCGUAUAGAAAUAGGAUGUCAGCGUAUAGAGCAGGUGGAGGGUCUGGGAGUCAUCAUGGAGGCUCCUUGGGUCUUAGGCAAAUAGAUUUGGAUCAAAUCUGGGGAGAUCUUCGAGAGGGCAUUGAGCAAGUUUAUAACAGACAAUGCAUGUCUAAACCAAGAUACAUAGAACUGUAUACACAUGUAUAUGAUUAUUGUACGAGUGUUCAUCAACAAGUAAAUAGAACAUCAACUAAAAGCAAGAAAGGACAAAUUUCUCAAGGAGGUGCACAGUUAGUUGGAUUGGAAUUAUAUAAACGUUUACGUGACUUUCUUAGAAAUUAUCUCAUUAGUUUAUUGAAGCAUGGUGUAGACUUGAUGGACGAAGAUGUGCUGCAAUUCUAUACAAGGCAGUGGGAGGAGUAUCAGUUUAGUAGUAAAGUUUUACAUGGCGUAUGCGCGUAUCUGAAUCGUCACUGGGUACGUAGAGAAAGUGACGAAGGACGUAAACACGUUUAUGAAAUUUAUCAGUUAGCUUUGGUGACAUGGAGAGAAAACUUAUUCAAGCAUUUAAAUAAGCAAGUUACAAAUGCAGUGCUGAAGCUGAUAGAACGAGAACGCAAUGGGGAAACAAUAAACACGCGCUUAGUUAGUGGUGUAAUUAAUUGUUAUGUAGAGUUGGGUUUAAACGAGGAAGGACAUAAUCUGACUGUUUACAAGGAAUCUUUUGAGAAUAUUUUCCUUGAGGAUACAGAAAGGUUUUACACCCGUGAAAGUUCAGAAUUCCUUAGACAAAAUCCAGUAACAGAAUAUAUGAAAAAGGUGGAGCAAAGGCUAUUAGAAGAACGUAAACGAGUUCACGUUUACUUGCAUCAGACCACUUGCGACAGAUUGGCUAAAACAUGCGAGAAAGUGUUAAUUGAAAAGCAUUUAGACAUAUUUCAUUCUGAAUUUCAAAAUCUUUUAAGUUCCGACAAAAAUGCAGAUUUAGGUCGUAUGUAUCAACUGGCAGCAAGGAUACCAAAUGCUCUUGGUGAAUUACGAAGUCAUUUGGAAAAUCAUAUAGCCAAUCAAGGACUUGCAGCUAUUGAUAAAUGUGGUGAAGCUGCAGCUAACGAUCCAAAGCUUUAUGUGAACACAACUUUAGAAAUUCAUAAAAAGUACAAUGCUUUAGUACUUGUUGCAUUUAACAAUGAUAGCGGUUUUGUGGCAGCUCUUGAUAAGGCUUGUGGAAGAUUUAUUAAUAAUAAUUCGAUAACUAGAGCAGCAAACAGUAGCAGCAAAUCACCAGAAUUACUAGCAAAAUAUUGCGAUUUGUUGUUGAAAAAGAGUAGUAAAAAUCCUGAGGAAGCAGAACUUGAAGAUACACUUAAUCAAGUUAUGGUAGUUUUUAAAUACAUUGAAGACAAAGAUGUUUUUCAAAAGUUCUAUAGUAAAAUGCUGGCAAAACGAUUGGUGCAACAUAUGUCGGCCAGUGACGAUGCAGAGGCUUCUAUGAUCUCUAAAUUAAAACAAGCUUGUGGUUUUGAAUACACCUCCAAAUUACAACGAAUGUUCCAGGAUAUUGGUGUGUCCAAGGACCUAAAUGAGCAGUUUAAAAGACAAACCAACCGAGGUAAAUUUUAUCGCGAAACAUCUUACUUUAAAGUUCGAUAUAUUACGAGUACUUAAUACAACGUUUGUACAUUGCAGCUAGAACGAUCUGUACAUAGGUUUACCACUUUCUAUAGUUCACAGCAUAGCGGAAGGAAGUUGAAUUGGCUAUAUAAUAUGUCUAAAGGAGAGUUACAUACAAAUUGUUUUAAAAAUAGAUACACAUUGCAAGCAUCUACUUUUCAAAUGGCUAUUUUAUUACAAUUUAAUGGAUCCACAGUGUGGACAAUACAACAAUUGCAUGAUGCAACGCAAAUAAAAAUGGACUUUUUGUUCCAGGUCAUUCAAAUACUCUUGAAAGCUAAACUGUUAUCAGUGACGACAGACGAUGAAACUGAAUUGACUCCAUCGACAACAGUGGAACUUUUUACAGGAUAUAAAAACAAAAAACUGAGAGUAAAUAUUAAUAUACCAAUGAAAACGGAAUUGAAAAUUGAACAAGAAACAACGCAUAAACACAUAGAGGAAGAUAGAAAACUCUUGAUUCAGGCAGCAAUUGUUAGGAUUAUGAAAAUGAGGAAAGUAUCAAAGCAUCAGCAACUUGUGGCUGAAGUAUUGAAUCAGUUAAGCUCUAGGUUCAAACCAAGAGUACAUAUUAUUAAGAAAUGUAUAGAUAUUUUAAUUGAGAAAGAAUAUCUGGAGCGCACAGAGGGUCAAAAGGACACUUAUAGCUACCUGGCAUGAUCAAGUUGCUCUAGGACAACGAUACAUCAGCAACCGUUCGCGCGAAAGAAAGAUGACUCUGCACUCUCAUUGCUACAUACUGCCACAAUAUUUAUUUAAGUCUCAUAUUUUGAAACUCGUAUAUUUUCCUUGUACAUGGAUGUCCUUGUACCAUGUUGUCCCUCUGGUCGCAUUUAGAGUGGUUUUUAUAAUAUGUUAAUAAAAUCAUUUCAUAGUCAAGCUGCUAGGUGUGUUACUGUCUGUGCCGCCUUUGAUAUAAGUUAUUUUAGAGUGGACAGUUUUUUUUAGUUCAAAUCAUUAGAAACAAUAAUAAUAAUGAAAACAAUAUUCUUGACAUCGGAAGCGUUUAACAAAA